AUGGCCAAACUCUCCCGUGGUGCCCCUGGUGGCAAGCUUAAGAUGACCCUCGGUCUCCCCGUCGGUGCCGUCAUGAACUGCGCGGACAACUCGGGUGCUCGCAACCUGUACAUCAUCUCCGUCAAGGGUAUCGGUGCCCGCCUCAACAGACUGCCUGCCGGUGGUGUCGGUGACAUGGUCAUGGCCACCGUCAAGAAGGGCAAGCCUGAGCUCCGCAAGAAGGUCCACCCCGCCGUCAUCGUCCGCCAGUCCAAGCCCUGGAAGCGCUUCGACGGUGUCUUCCUGUACUUCGAGGACAACGCUGGUGUCAUCGUCAACCCCAAGGGUGAGAUGAAGGGCUCUGCCAUCACCGGCCCCGUCGGAAAGGAGGCGGCCGAGCUUUGGCCCCGUAUUGCCUCCAACUCCGGUGUCGUUAUGUAA